UGAUAAUAAUAUCCUGAGUUACAAUGUCCUAGAUUUUUGUGGAACAAGUUAAUAUUGUGGUUGAUUUCCUGAGUGAUUGAUUGAUUUGUUGGAUGAUUGAUACUUAAAAGUACCAGAUAUCAAACUGAGUCAAUAUUUGACAUAGGAUCUCAAUUCAGUACUGUACACCGAUAAGAGGUUUUUCUUUUUGCUUUUAUGCUAAACUUGGUAGCUUUUGUAGUGAAAACUAAUGAAGCGUUGAUCUUCCUAAGCUAGCAGAUAGUAUUGCAGAGACCAGCAUUUCUACUAGAUGAUCCACUCACUGAAGCAGAGCGACAAUAAUUCAAGCAGGUAUCAAUGAAAAUCAUAUGCAUAGAUAAAGAUCUACACAUGCAUAGGGAUUAACAAAGGUGUAAUUCCGCAUCGCAGACUUCCGACGAAGAUUUCCAAUAUGAUCAUGCUGUCUUCUUGUCAACAUAUAAAUUCCUUUGGAGUAUUAUAUUUUUGCAACUCCCAUUUUAUUGGUAAUUCUCGACAGUAAUGUAUGUUCCUGCGGUUGUUGUAAGAGGAAUUGAACAUUAAAAGAUGUCAGUGCUCUGGAUUUUGGAUUAAACUCUGGAAUGAUCCAUUAUCCGUUAAAGUUUUCCGCAUAAAUUAUCAUCAGGAAAACUCAUAUUUUACAUAAUGCGUGAAUCAAUUUUGAAGAUUGUCCAUGGAAAUAGAAGAAACUGCAAUUUUGAAACAACAUGGAAAUUGUCGUAGUGUAUGGGUACAUUGCGUGAAAAUACAAUGUUAUUUUGACUUCUUGAUUCCGUGCGUGUUUUGUCAACGUGUGAUAUUCACACAUGGGAAACAUUGAGUUUCGGACACCCGAGUGCUUGUGCUUACCGUCGGUCUUGUUCUCCCGCUCCAGCAAGUGUUACCCCACCAAGUCGAAUGUCACAGCACAGAAGGAAGCCUUGCGACUGUAUAUGUUUGCAAAUGAACUUACACGUACAAAACGUGACCAUCAUAGAAGUGGGCAUGGGUACGAGAGUUCAUCAACGUUAAUGAGUAGUGAUAUUGAAUCUACGAGCUACUGUGGUACGACAGAUGACGAUAGCAGAUUCAGUAGUACAACAGAGAGCAGUCGACGACUGAUGGGAAAACGACCCAAGAGGAGGGUUAGGCCAAAGAGACGACCUCAAAAAGUUCAACGGGCCUCGUCAUUCAGUAGCAUCACCGAUUCCACGAUGUCUCUAAACAUCAUCACAGUCACAUUGAAUCUUGAUAAGAUAAAUUUUCUUGGUAUUAGUAUAGUAGGUCAGAGUAAUAAAGGUGGAGAUGGAGGGAUAUAUGUAGGGUCUAUAAUGAAAGGUGGAGCUGUUGCAGCAGAUGGCAAGAUAGAGCCAGGUGACAUGAUAUUACAGGUCAAUGAGCAUAGCUUUGAAAACUUGAAUAACGAUGACGCAGUGCGAGUUCUACGAGAAGCGGUCCAAAAACCAGGGCCUAUACGACUUGUUGUCGCCAAGUGUUGGGACCCAACGCCUAAAGGCUACUUCACAAUACCAAGAAUAGGUGAACCAGUACGGCCUAUAGACCCCGGCGCUUGGGUAGCACAUACCAAUGCCAUGAAAGAAUAUGCAGCUGCAGCAUCACGCGGAGGACCCAUUAGCCCAUCGAUGACUUCGAUGACCUCAGCUACUUCGUCAAUUACUAGCUCCAUUCCAGAGUCUGAUCUUUGUUUCGCAAAAGGUUACGAUGACAUAGGACCGCUGAACGUCAACAAACCUAUGCUGACAGUAGUACGUGCAAUGGCAGCCCCCGACUCAGGCCUAGAUAUUCGAGACAGAAUGUGGUUGAAAAUCAAAAUCCCAUGCGCAUUUAUAGGAUCCGAUGUUGUUGAGUGGUUAUUUACACACGUGGAAGGGUUCCAAGAUAGAAGGGACGCACGCAAGUAUGCCACUGGUAUGCUGAAGAUGAACUACAUAAAACAUACUGUGAACAAGAUAACUUUUUCGGAGCAGUGUUACUAUGUCUUUGGAGAUUUAUGUGCAAACAUGGCAGCACUCUCACUCGCUGAUGCCUCAGAAGCUGACCAAGACGUGCUAGCGCCCUUGCCCGGAGCACCCCCGCACUGGGCGCCAACUGCCCCACCAAUGGUCUACGCAUCUUCACAAAUGAGUUAUCAGAGCCAGCCCCCUUGUUACCAGCAGGUUACUGGCGGUUAUGCAUCGUUCGACACCGCCAGUUUUACCAGUUUUGGCAAUGGAAGUAUAGGCAGUGCCGGUAGUGGUGGUAGCAGUGGUUCUGGCAAGAGUCAAGAAAAAAGUAAAUCGCACAGCAAAGGCAGUGAAAGCGGCAGUGAAUCAGACCUAACGCUCAACGCCAGCCGUCCUGGCAGCACCCAAGGUGAAAACCCCCCAGUGCAAGUACCCGUUCCGCCCCCACCACGUCAAUUAGGCCAAAUGCCGGUGGAUCUCUCCGGCAGUCGGCAGUCAUUCCGUAUGGCUAUGGGAAAUCCAUGUGAGUUCUUCGUUGAUGUGAUGUGAGGGCGCUGCUUACGUUAGGUAGUGUUGUGUAGAUGCUCAGUCAGAGCCUGUCGAGGCAGGGUAGUCUGAUUAAUUUAUUUAAAACUUCUGAACUUGAGUUAAACCCGGCAAAAAUAUACUUAAUAUAAGUUGGAUAUAAAGUAUUGAAGUUAUUUAUAAAAGAGUUAAAUAACAUUAUAAUAAACUUGAUGUUUCAGAACAUCAUGUACAUUAAGGUAUAUGUGAUAGGCUCAAAUGAGUCAUGUGACCUUAAUCAUGUGGUAUUAGUCAUGUGAUGGUAAUCAUGUGGUUUUGAGCGCUUCUCAUUGAAAUGACCUCUGUGAAAGGUCACCAGGUAAAGUAAAAGAUACAAUAUUGGUUUUGCAGACACAAUGUUUCGUCAUAUGAUCGAAGCGUUAAGGUUUCAUAUCGGAUGAACUGUUGGUUCACUCAACCUCAUAUGCAAGUUAAAAUAAUGAUUGUUGUUGCUAAUUAAUGUAAUUGGUCAGAUUAAUGUAAAACAAGUUUGAUAUAUAUUGUAAAAAUAUAGUAGAACUUACUCUGUUGUUCAGCCAAUUGUGAUUAUUUCAUUACUUGGUAUAAUUAUUUAUUUGUCAGUCAGCUUCCCAUUUGUAUUUGUUUAUAAACAUACAUUAGGCCAGUCAUAUAGUACUUAACGUAAACACCUUUAGAAACAAACAGGACAUUAAAUUAUACUUGAGACAUUAUAAGAUAUAUAAAGCCAAUGGCUUUAAACCACCUGGUAAUUAUUUAACAGCAACUAGCACAAUCGGUAUCGUUUUAUUUUCAAGGAGUGUUUUGUGUCAUCCCCUUGAGCGUCACCUGACCUGGACCACUCCGUUUUAAGGAAAGUAAGGCACUCUCGGGGAAGUCGGUUUAAAGAUCAAGUCCUUCGUAGCGAUUAGAACAAGUACCCAGCUGGUUAGUAGGCCCCGUCCUUGACGAUUGAUCCCUAAACUGUCAAGUGAAUUUGAAAGGUAUUUCCUCGAUCAGUUUUAACCAUGCAGUUUUAACCACACACGCUUGGGCAGCGGACUUGCUGGAGAUCUUACCUCAUUGGUACACGGUUAUAACAUUGGUAAAUGUAUAGCGCCCUCAAUCAUUGGUUUCAACAUUUCUCAGCAAUUGCUUGGUUUAAAUUGCCUGCAUAGAACUAUUUUGAAUCGUCACACUCACAAUUGUACUGCAUAAAUCGUAUUUAUAAAACUCAUAUCAGGCUCAUGAAAAUAUUUUAACCGGUUCAAAUUCUUGACUGCAAUCAUAAACAUAUUCAAAAAUACAAGUUUAGCAAGAGCAGCGUAUAGGAUGUGUAACAUCACAUUGCUUACUUAACGUGUCCAUCCAUGGCAUAUUAGUUCCCAAUUUAUACACAACACAUGUUCCAUCCAUCGGUGUGCCAUUCCUUCACCUUUGACACAUACCGCAAGUCAAACUAACAGCAUGAAAUCACACAAUCAUAGCUUUUGUCAAGAGAAUUUGACAGACCAAAAUAAUAUUGUUAUUAUUAUUAUUAUUGUUAUUUAUUUAUUCAUUUAUUAUUUUAUUUUUUUGUGUGUGGUAUGUCAUGUAUGUAUUCUACACAUAUAUAUCUGCAAAUGCAUUUGUACAGGGUGGCUGCUGUCAAUGGGAAAAAGGGCAGAGGACCAGGAAUUUGAAUACCAGGAUCAAAGCAGUUAAGGAAACUGUAGUUAUACUGUUGCAGUGGACAGAUUAAAUUGAAUAAGCAAAGAGUUGCAUUUAGAAAGUUAAAUGACAUAAAGAUGAUAAUUAAAAAUAAUAACUUUGAAAUUGAUGAUAGAUGUUAUGAUUGUGAUUAAUGGAAAAUCAUCUAUAAAUAAUCUAUAUAUAUAUAUAUAUAUAUAUAUAUAUUGUAAGGUUUUUCAUGUCAGCUUCACUAUCAUAUUAUCAGAAUGACAAAUGAUGAAGAAAAAGGGAUGUUUUGUAUAAAUAUAUAUACAAGAUGAAAUGUAAACUGUAAUUUAAUCGCAUUGUGAUCCAGAAUAGCAAAUCGUGGAAAUGUAAUCCCUUGCGUGGAAAUGGAGGGAAAAAAAUUCUUGAUAUGGAUGAUGUCUUAUUUUUUCUGUGAGUGAUCAAUGUUAUAAAUUAUAAUGUGAGUUUUUAUACAGGCAUAGGCCUUAUACAAUAUUUCUUAUAAAUGUUUUCUUUAAAAUAGUGACACCAAAAAUUGGAUAGUUUAAUAAAUCAUGACAUUGAUUGGUAGAUACAGUAUAUUGACUUGAGAAAUUUAUCAAACUUGUCUUUUGUAAUAAAUUAUUAUUACCAUUUUUUUUAACUUAGUUUUAUUGUUAAAGAAAAUUUACUUUAUUGUUUUAUUAUAUAAUAUUUUAUUAGAAUUGUUAGGUUUUGUUUGACCUAGGUUUGUUAUAAGUUGCUGGUAUCAUGACUUCACAUCAUUUUGAUAGAUACAUUUUUUGUACAUAUCAUUUCUUCUGUUUUUAAAUUCUUUUGAAUUAUUAGCAUUUAUCCUUAUUGGUUUUUUUUAAUGGUUGUUACAUGAACUAGAAAUACAAUGCAUACCCACCAUUCCUGUCAAAUGUUCGUUUUUAUAUAAUUAUUGAAUCACCUUCAAAAUUAGGUUAUUAAUGUUUCCUUCUCCGAAUUAUAUAGUUUUUAUAUUGAAUAGUUCCCUUUUUUUUAAAUAAAUUUUUGAGAUAAAAAAGUACCAGAAAAUGAAUUCGUAUUCUAUGACUUGUACACUGAGAGGAUCUUUUUUAAGUACAUGAGAAUGAUGUUGUUAUUCAUACAUAAAUUUUAUCAUGCACAUACAUAUGUUACGUGUGUAUUCUAACACUCGUUUUUUGUGUUAGCUUCAUAGUAACCACUGAUUGAAUGUUUAUUUCUGUAUUCAACUAAAUUUUAUAAGGUAUAGAAUCAAGUCUCAGCUUUUUGUAUUGUGUGUACAUUUGUAUUUUUACCGCAUGGCAAUCCAUUUGAGUAACACCAUGCGUAAUUACGCAUAUUUGCGUCUAUGAUAUUGUUAAAGUGGAACAAGGACAAUAAAAUUAGUGUAAUCAAAAGAUAAAUAUAGAAAGAUUCCGUCUACAAUUCAUUAGAAAAUGUAAGCGAAUAUUAAUAUUUGUACAGAGAUGUUAAGAUUUUGUUGCAGAUAUCAAGGAGUGACGUAAUAAUUGAUGAUUACUGAAGCAUGCAAUAGGCGCAUUGUUGCUUAGUUACCAAUUGCCAUAAACAUGUUUUUAUUGCAUUGGCGAUUUUCAGUAUAACUUCUUCGUGAGUUAUUAUAACGAUAUAGACGAAUUAGCCAUGAAGGACUUUGUGUACAAGUCUAUAUCUUGUGCUGUCAGGUGUGCUCCUGAUGCUCACCACGUGGCAACAAAAAGCGCCACCUCUUUUGGAAAUAAAUUUACUCAAACGUAUUUAGGAAGUUUGUGAUUUUUAGAGAUUUUUUUUUUCAGUUAAAAUGUUAAUCAUGUUUGUGUUAUUACCUCUUUUGUGCCCUUCAAUAUAGUUAUAGGCCUAGGUGUCAAAUAUUUCCAUCCAACAAACGUGUAAAAUGUACAUGCCAUGGUAGAAUCAUGCCGAGCAGCUUAGCUAGUAAAUUGGGUGAAUAUCGGUGCAUACCUGGCAAAUUGUACGAGGAGCUCGCUUAAUGAAUUUAAAUUUUGUGGGUGUUUUGUAUUCAAAAGAGGAAUGGAUGAUUUAAUUAAGCCGACCAUUCGCAUUUCCAAAUAAUUCCAAAAUUGUAAAUAAAGAACCGUCAAAACUUA